AGCGGACUAGGAUGCUCUGUUCUCUCGCGCGCACACUCUCCUGUCUCCUGCUUUCCACAGUCAACAUGGAAGGGCUUAAUUAAUGCAUGUGUCCCUCCUGCCCUGAAGCUAAUGAAUUUUAAUUCGCCGUUUGAGACUGGACUUGCGUUUUUUCGGCCGCAAAAGCACUGGAAUUUCCUUGUACAGAGUGGAUAACACGGAGGUAUCUGCCGAAUAAUACGUCUUCAGAAAAGAGGCAAAUUAUGCCAGCAGCACCAGAGUCCCUCCCCCUGGUGACUUGCCAGCCCAUUGGUCAGACAGCUCUGUGCACCACGUCUAGCCCCGCCCAAUCCCCUGGCAGAUCCAUGCUGCUGGACACGCCCCACAGAGCCACGCCCACACUAUGAGCGCCAACGGGCCCGCCCCUGUGGCCCUGGCUACAGCCCCGGCUACAACCCCAGUCGCCCCACCGGUCGCAGCUCCGGUAGCUGCCCCCACGGCUGCCCCGGUCCCGGUGCCGAACGUCCCGGUGGGCGCGUUGGCACAAAAGAAGCGGGCGCAGUACGCCAAAAGCAAGAAACAGGGCAGCAACGCCAACACCAGGCCUGCCAGGGCCCUGUUCUGCCUCAAACUUAACAACCCCAUACGAAGAGCCUGCAUCAGCCUGGUGGAGUGGAAGCCAUUUGAUAUCUUUAUAUUAAUUGCUAUAUUUGCCAACUGUAUGGCCUUAGCUGUGUAUAUCCCCUUCCCUCAGGAUGACUCCAACUCCACCAACCAUGACCUGGUCUACAAUUUUCAGGAAACGGUAGAACAUGUCUUCCUCGUCAUUUUCACUAUAGAGACCUUCCUGAAGAUUAUCGCCUAUGGUUUAGUGGCACACCAGAACGCAUAUGUGAGAAACGGAUGGAACAUGCUGGAUUUUGUCAUCGUCGUUGUUGGACUGUUCAGCGUUGUCCUGGAACUUUUGACCAAAGACUCUGUAGAGACGAAGGAGGAGGCAGAGGCGGGUGCGGCUGCAGCAGCGGCAGCGGCAGCGCUCCACCCCUCCGCGCAAGGCCACGGGGGAAAGUCGGGCGGCUUCGACGUCAAAGCCCUCCGAGCCUUCCGUGUACUGCGACCCCUACGCCUGGUCUCAGGAGUGCCCAGUUUACAGGUUGUGUUGAACUCCAUUAUUAAAGCCAUGGUCCCUCUCCUCCACAUCGCCCUGCUGGUCCUGUUUGUCAUUAUCAUCUACGCCAUCAUCGGCCUUGAGCUCUUCAUUGGCAAAAUGCACGCUACCUGCUUCUUCCCCAGCACAGGCAUGAUAGCGGAGGAUGAUCCGGCUCCAUGUGCGAUCUCAGGGCACGGGCGCCAAUGUCCCAUCAAUGGCACCGAGUGCAGGGAGGGCUGGCACGGCCCCAACAACGGCAUCACCAACUUUGACAACUUCCUGUUCGCCAUGCUGACUGUGUUCCAGUGUAUCACCAUGGAGGGCUGGACAGACGUGCUCUACUGGGUGAACGACGCCAUCGGCUUUGGAACGCCCGCCAUCUACUUUGUUAGUCUGAUCAUUCUGGGCUCCUUUUUCGUGCUUAACCUUGUGCUGGGUGUUCUGAGUGGAGAGUUCUCCAAGGAGAGAGAGAAGGCCAAGGCCAGAGGAGACUUCCAGAAGCUGAGAGAGAAGCAGCAGCUAGAGGAGGACCUGAAGGGCUACCUGGACUGGAUCACUCAGGCCGAGGACAUCGACCCUGACAACGAGGACGAGGAGGGCAACGAGGAGGGCAAACGCAACCGGGUGACUCUGGCUGACCUCACAGAGAAGAAGAAAGGAAGCAGGUUUGGGUGGUUCAGCCAGUCCUCCGACACUCAUGCGAGUAUGCCAGCCAGUGAGACGGAGUCGGUGAACACAGAGAACGUGGCCGAGGAUGAGGUGAAGACACCGUGCUGUGGACCUUUUUGUCGGCGCUGGCGUCGCUGGAACAGGUUCUGCCGCAGGAAGUGCCGGUUGGCAGUUAAAUCGGUGCCUUUCUAUUGGCUGGUGAUCAUCCUGGUGUUUCUCAACACACUCACCAUCUCCUCAGAGCACUACAUGCAGCCUGACUGGCUCACUCAAGUACAGGACGUGGCAAACAAGGUUCUACUGGGAUGUUUUACGUGUGAGAUGAUGACCAAGAUGUACAGUCUGGGCCUGCAGGCCUACUUCGUGUCCCUGUUCAACCGCUUUGACUGCUUUGUAGUGUGUGGAGGCAUCACAGAGACCAUCCUGGUGGAGCUGGCCAUCAUGUCUCCUCUGGGCAUCUCUGUGUUCCGCUGUGUCCGCCUUCUCAGGAUCUUCAAGGUCACACGUCACUGGCAGUCUCUCAGUAACUUGGUGGCAUCGCUGCUCAACUCCAUGAAGUCCAUCGCCUCCCUGCUGCUCCUGCUCUUCCUCUUCAUCAUCAUCUUCUCCCUGCUGGGCAUGCAGGUGUUCGGAGGCAAGUUCAACUUCGACGAGACACAGACCAAGAGGAGCACCUUCGAUAACUUCCCCCAGGCACUGCUCACUGUGUUUCAGAUCCUGACGGGUGAAGACUGGAACGCUGUGAUGUAUGACGGCAUCAUGGCGUACGGUGGCCCUUCCUCAUCAGGGAUGAUCGUCUCCUUCUACUUCAUCAUCCUCUUCAUCUGCGGAAACUACAUCCUGCUGAACGUCUUUUUGGCUAUCGCUGUGGACAACCUGGGAGACGCGGAGUCUCUCAAUGCUCCACGAGACAAAAAGGAAGAGAAAAAGGAAGACUUGGUGCCAGUGGAGGAAGAAGAGGAUAAUGCUGCAGCAGAGGAGGAGGAGGAGCCGGAGGUUCCAGCAGGGCCACGCCCACCCAUCUCUGAACUGGUCAAGAAGGAGAAGAUCACCCCCAUCCCUGAUGGCAGCGCCUUCUUUAUCUUCAGCAAGACCAACCCGAUCCGGGUGGGAUGUCAUAAACUCAUCAAUCACCACAUCUUCACCAACCUCAUCCUGGUCUUCAUCAUGCUCAGCUCUGUCUCCCUCGCUGCAGAGGACCCCAUACGCAACUUCUCUGCACGCAACAUCGUCCUAGGCUAUGCAGAUUAUGUCUUCACUAGUAUGUUUACAUUUGAGAUCAUGUUGAAGAUGACCACAUACGGUGCGUUCCUCCAUAAAGGAGCGUUCUGUAGGAACACCUUCAACCUGCUGGAUCUGCUGGUGGUGGGGGUCUCCCUAGUCUCCUUCUGCAUCCAGUCAUCUGCCAUCUCAGUGGUGAAGAUUCUGAGGGUCCUGCGUGUGCUUCGGCCCCUGAGGGCUAUCAACAGAGCCAAAGGUCUCAAGCAUGUAGUCCAGUGUGUGUUUGUGGCCAUCAGGACCAUCGGUAACAUCAUGAUCGUCACCACGCUGUUGCAGUUCAUGUUUGCCUGCAUAGGAGUACAGCUCUUUAAGGGGAAGUUUUACCGAUGUACAGACGAAGCCAAGUCCAGCCCAGACGAAUGCAAGGGCACCUACAUCCAUUUUAAGGACGGGGACGUGAACCAGCCGGCCAUCCAAAAGAGAGUGUGGCACAACAGCGAGUUCAACUUUGACAACGUGCUGAUGGCCAUGAUGGCUCUUUUCACCGUGUCUACCUUCGAGGGCUGGCCUUCGUUGCUCUACAAGGCCAUAGACUCUAACAGAGAGAACCUGGGUCCCAUCUACAACUACCGCAUCGAGAUCUCCAUCUUCUUCAUCAUCUACAUCAUCAUCAUCGCUUUCUUCAUGAUGAACAUCUUUGUCGGCUUCGUCAUCGUCACCUUCCAGGAGCAAGGAGAGAAAGAAUACAAGAACUGUGAGCUUGAUAAGAACCAGCGGCAGUGUGUGGAGUAUGCCCUGAAGGCCCGUCCGUUGAGGAGGUACAUCCCUAAGAAUCCCUACCAGUAUAAGUUCUGGUACGUGGUCAACUCCACAGGGUUUGAGUACAUCAUGUUCGUCCUCAUCAUGCUCAACACACUCUGCCUGGCUGUGCAGCACUAUGGCCAGUCUGAAACAUUUAACUAUGUGAUGGACAUCCUCAACAUGGUCUUCACUGCUGUUUUCACUGCAGAGAUGGUGCUCAAACUCAUCGCCUUCAAACCUCGGCUUUGUGUUGAGAAGAAGGACAGGGACCCAGGGUAUUUUGGGGACGCCUGGAAUGUGUUCGACGCCCUGGUGGUGAUGGGCAGCAUAGUAGACAUUGUGCUUAGUGAGAUUGAUAAACUUGUAGAGAUGGCACGUGGCCCUGCACCGCCUACGGAGGCUCCUCAGUUGGAUGAGUCGGGGAACACGGAGGACAGUGCUCGCAUCUCCAUCACCUUCUUCCGACUGUUCCGAGUCAUGCGAUUGGUCAAGCUGCUGAGUAGAGGGGAGGGCAUCCGCACCCUCCUGUGGACCUUCAUCAAGUCCUUUCAGGCUCUGCCCUAUGUCGCCCUUCUGAUCGCCAUGCUCUUCUUCAUCUAUGCUGUCAUCGGCAUGCAGGUGUUCGGGAAGGUAGCCAUGGUGGACGGCACCCACAUCAACAGGAACAACAACUUUCAGACCUUCCCUCAGGCCGUGCUGUUGCUCUUUAGGUGUGCCACGGGGGAGGCGUGGCAGGAGAUCAUGUUGGCGUGUGUGUCUGGAAAGCUGUGUGACCCAGAGUCCGACUACAACCCUGGAGAGGAGAUGACCUGUGGAGCCAGCUUCGCCUACAUCUACUUCAUCAGCUUCUACAUGCUCUGUGCCUUCCUGAUUAUCAAUUUGUUUGUGGCUGUCAUCAUGGACAACUUUGACUAUCUGACUCGUGAUUGGUCGAUCCUGGGUCCUCACCACUUGGACGAGUUUAAGAGGAUCUGGUCUGAGUAUGACCCAGAGGCCAAGGGCAGGAUUAAACAUCUGGACGUGGUCACUCUUCUCCGACGAAUUCAGCCUCCUUUGGGCUUCGGCAAACUCUGUCCUCAUAGAGUGGCCUGCAAGAGACUGGUGGCCAUGAACAUGCCUCUAAACAGCGACGGCACCGUGAUGUUCAAUGCUACCCUAUUUGCAUUAGUACGCACAGCCCUGAAGAUCAAAACUGAUGGUAAUCUGGAGCAGGCCAACGAGGAGCUGAGAGCAGUCAUCAAGAAGAUCUGGAAGAGGACCAGUAUGAAGCUACUGGACCAAGUGGUGCCCCCUGCUGGUGAUGAUGAGGUAACCGUGGGGAAGUUCUAUGCCACCUUCCUGAUACAGGACUACUUUAGGAAAUUCAAGAAACGUAAAGAGGAGGGCCUGGUAGGGGUGCACGCCUCCCAGAACAACACAGCCAUCGCUCUACAGGCUGGCCUUCGCACGCUACAUGAUAUCGGGCCUGAAAUUCGACGAGCGAUAUCAUGUGACCUGCAAGAUGACGAGCUAGUAGACUUUAUUCCAGAGGAGGACGAGGAGAUUUAUAGGCGCAACGGCGGCCUGUUCGGUAACCACGUCAACCACGUGAACGGGGACCACCACCGGCGCUCAUCGAGUCACCAAACCAACGCCACCCAGCGGCCCCUGCAAGUACAGCCGCCUCCACACUACGCCCACAUGGAGCAGCCGGUGGGGCGUCUCUGCCGGGCCAAUGCCAUGUCCCACCCUAACCACCACCAUCGCCACCACCACCACAACUCCUCCUACGGCAAGUCGCCCAAGUCCACCAACAUCAACUUGAACAAUGCCAACGUGUCCAGUCUGCCCAACGGAGGAGGGCACCACCACCGCUACUACGAGCACGCUCCGCCCCCCGCCAACGGUUACCCUGGACACCGUGGCGGCCCCUACUACCCCGACUACGACAAGCCACCUCCUCGUGGCACGCCCGAAGGACAAAGGUCCCACGUGGGAGACGUCCGUCACCCGACCAUCCGGCGGGAGGAGGAGUUUGACGAUGACAGGUACUCAGCAGAGUACUAUAGCGGGGAGGAGUUCUACGAGGACGACAGCAUGUUGUCAGGAGACAGGAGAUCCUAUAAAGAAUACCUGGACAGGUACCAGAACAGUGAUACGGAGUAUGAGACUCCUAGAGGCUACCACCACCCCGACAGUUACUAUGACGACGAUGAGCAGCCCCUCUACCAAGAUGGAAGGAGGUCGCCUAAGAGACGGAUGCUUCCUGCCACGCCUCAAGGUCACCGGAGGCCCUCCUUCAACUUUGAGUGUCUAAGAAGGCAAGGCAGUCAGGACGAGCUGCCACACCAACGCACUGCACUACCACUGCACCUAAUGCAGCACCAGGUGAUGGCUGUAGCAGGGCUGGACUCCAGCAGAGCCCACCGUCUCUCCCCCACCCGCUCCACCCGCUCCUGGGCCACUCCCCCCGCCACUCCGGCCAGUAAGGAACAGUCGCCCUACUACACGCCCCUCAUCAGGGUCGAUCUCCCCGGACGCAGGGAGAGUGCCUCCAGCAGCCAGGUGUCUGUGAGGAAGAGUUCGUGGUACACAGACGACCCAGAGUACUCCCAGAGGACCUACUCCCCCGUCCACCUCCAGCUGCCCCCAGAGUACCGACAGCAUUACCACCAGAAGAGAGGCAGCGCUACCAGCCUGGUGGAGGCGGUUUUGAUAUCAGAGGGGCUCGGGAGAUACGCCAAGGAUCCAAAGUUCGUGGCUGCCACCAAGCACGAGAUAGCAGACGCGUGCGAGAUGACCAUUGACGAGAUGGAGAGCGCGGCCAGCCACUUGCUGAAUGGCGGUGUGGCGCCGGCGGUUAAUGGGGUCAACGUGUACCCCGUCAUGAGCGAGCGGGACUACGACCUCCAGGACGCCACGGCCAGUUACAGUGACGAGGAGCCGGAGGUGGAGCUUAGAUUACCGUACGAGGAGGACCUGGCAGACGAGAUGAUCUGCAUCACCACUUUAUAGCAUCGGCUGGAGAAUAAACUACUAGAAACUAACUACUAGCUGUAUGUACUCUACUUCAUAUAGACUACAGUACCAUCAGUGGAAAACUAAAUGAGAAAUGCAUCUAUUGGCUUACGACCAAAAGAAGUGCCUUUUACAUGGAAGAGAAAGGCACCUAUGAGGAGAGAGAGACACACUUAUUCUCUCACUCACCCUCUGCCAGCCAGGGAAUUCACAUCACUUCUGUCAAUCACAGGACCAGAAGCCAAUCCUGGUGCCAGGGAACCAUGUUAGUCCCACCCUCCCAGACAGACACUACUGGCACUUAGGAGGCCAUGAGCAUCUGUCAUAGGUCACCAUCUGGAGGUGACACUCAUAGGUUCAUCAACGAGCCAAUUGCAGACGAGGACAUGGCGUGUCAGUGGAGGAGAUGGACCUAUUGGCAGAGGCGUAAGGUACCGUAGGCAGGUCGUUAAGGGUGAUGACAAUCAGAUGUAAGAUGUCAUUCCCUCUGUCACUUUAUUAAGAUUUUGGCAUAUCAUGCAAGUUUUCAAUGCAAGCAUAGAAAGGCAUAUCUCUCCCCACCUAACCCCCCUUAGAUGUUUUAGUAUAACUUUGAUCCCGGAAUCAUUGACAUAAAUAAUUAAAAGAUGGCUGUAGAUGGGUCACAACGAACAGAUUCUUAGAGAAUAACCAGUUUACGUAUGCAGGAGUUAUCAGUCACAUUUAUAGCAUCAUCCAACUGGAGAUAUACACUUCUGAGACGACUACAGCAUGGAAUAAAUGCACUAGCAGGCAGGUUGUUUUUAAUUUGACAAUAGCCUGACGAUGAAUAUUUCAUAGUAGAUAUACUGUAAAUGAAUUGUAUUAUAUAAACAAAAA